AUGUCUAAAGGUGACAAUGCUUACGAGGAUGAGAAGAGGCAGAAGAUUAGAGAGCUGUACCGACACGAUGAGAUGUCAAGUAAGGUUUUAGAGGCCGAUAAGAGGUUUUUAGACCAGAGAGGUGAUCCCAUUCGAGAUGCUGAAGAAUCUCAACCGAAAUCUAUGAAAGGGAGAAUAUCUGUUAAGGACAUGGGGGCAAAUGCUGACCACAAUAUUCCCGAUGAGGAGAAAUUAGAAGCCCAUAAAGAGGUUGAUGUUCCAAAGCGUCAAAAUCAGAGUCGUAAGACAACUGCUCAAGUAAAGAAUAAUGGUGUGUUAGAUGGCCAUUAUGGCUUGAAAUAUUAUCCUAGUGAUGAAUCAAACAUGCAAAUCUAUGAAGGAAUUCUUAAUUGGGUGACUGAUCUUUUGGGGAGUGAUAUACCGCAUGAUGUUAUUGUAGAAACUACAGAUUUACUGGUAUUUGCAUUGAAGGACAAGGAACAGGAUCAAGAUGGUAAAGUUGAUGUACAAAGAGGACGAUUACAAUCAGAUUUAGGUGUAACAAUUACUGUUAACAAAUUUCAAGAACUGUUAAAAUUAACAAGCCAAAUCUCAGAUUACCAUUCAAAUAAAGAUUCUUCUAAUAAUAGUGAAAGAGCUGUACCGAUUUUAAUGGAGGACCAAGAAGAAGAAGAAGAAGAAGAAGAAGAAGAAGAAGAAAGAGAGGAAACAGAGAUGAAUGAAGACGAAGAUGAAGAAAAGACAACUACAAAGAGUUCCGGUGUGAGGGCAAGACACGAGACACUACCAGAGAAAAAUAAUGAAAUUAUGAUGAUCCAAGGUUCAAGCGACAAGAAAUUUGUGGAUUUUACCAUUCAAGAUGUUGAUGAAUUUUUCCUGCGAAGAAUGCUUCUUAAGGAAAUGGAAGACGUAGAGGCUACAGAUGUACAAGCAUUAAGUAACAUGGUAUUGGCAGAAUUAUCAAAGGACCAAGAUGAUAAAACUUUAGAGGCAAAAUUGGUGCAAUUACUAGAUUUUGCGUAUUUGUCACUGGUCGGAUUUUUCGUGAAAAAAAGAGAUAUGAUACUUUGGGGGAUAAGACUUGCUCAAAGUUCAGAGCUUAAGAGACAUGAUAUUCUCCGAGAAAUGUCAGAACUUGGAUUGAAUGAAUUAGUAGAGCAAUACGAACAGAGGGGCAAACCAGAAUUAAAGAGAAGCCAUUCUUAUUCUUCAGAAGAAGACAUGAAUGCAAAUCCAAAAAAACCAAGAACCGUCGCAGACUCCAAACAAUCUCCUCGUCUGAUAGAUUUGGAUGCGGCCAAAUUCGAUCAAUCUAGCCGCCUAAUGACUGUCACAAAAAUCCAGCUUCCUGAAGGCUCUUACAAGAAAUUAACACCUCAUUACGAAGAAAUAUAUAUUCCUGCACCUAAGAAGAUCGAUGCUGGCAUUGAAUUGGUGCCCAUCUCAGUUUUCCCUAGUUGGGCCCAAAACGCAUUUCCAUCAGCAGAGACAGAAUCUCUGAAUGCUAUUCAAUCUAAACUUUACCCAGUGACAUUUGGUAGAGAUGAUAAUGUUUUGCUCUGUGCCCCUACUGGUGCAGGUAAAACCAACGUAGCUAUGAUGGCCAUUUUAAGAACCAUUUCAAAUCACAUCAAUGUUGAAACCGGCAGACUUACUUCUAAAAAUUUCAAGGUAGUCUACAUUGCUCCUCUUAAAGCUUUGGUACAAGAACAGGUUUCUGAAUUCCAGAGGAGAUUGUCAUAUUUGGGUAUUAAAGUGGUAGAAUUGACGGGUGAUUCAAAUCUGAAUAGACAACAACUAUUAGAAGCACAGGUACUAAUUUCAACUCCAGAAAAAUGGGAUGUGAUUACUCGUAAAGCAGAUGAAUCCUCUUUUGUACAGUCCGUCCGCCUAAUGAUCAUUGACGAAAUCCAUUUGUUGCAUGAUGCUCGAGGACCAGUGAUAGAGGCAAUAGUAUCGAGGGCAUUACAAGCAAAGACCUUCCAAGAACCACCAAGAUUAUUAGGGCUUUCUGCCACUUUACCUAAUUACCAAGAUGUCUCCAGAUUCUUAAGAGUCCCAGAUAAUGGAUUGUUCUAUUUCGAUUCCACUUAUAGACCAUGUCCAUUAAGUCAACAAUUCUGUGGAGUAACUGAGAAAAGUUCAUUGAAGAAACUAAAUGCCAUGAACGAGACAUGCCAUGAGAAGACUCUAGAAGCUGUUAAACAGGGACAUCAAGUAAUCAUAUUUGUACACUCAAGGAAGGAGACGGCAAGAACGGCACUUUGGCUAAUGGAGAAAUUUUCUGAAAAUGAUAAUCUUGGGCUAAUUAGAAAGUCUGAUCCUGCAUCUGGUAAAAUUCUAGAGACCGAGUCAGAAAAUGUCCAGGAUGGCCAAUUGAAGAAAAUUAUACGGGCAGGAAUUGGAAUUCACCAUGCAGGCCUAACAAAAACUGAUAGAUCUUUAUCCGAAGACUUAUUUGCUGACGGUUUAUUGCAAGUUCUAGUAUCUACCGCCACUUUGGCUUGGGGUGUCAAUCUACCCGCUCAUACUGUGAUAGUAAAGGGUACGGAUGUGUAUUCUCCAGAAAGUGGAUCUUGGGAACCACUUUCUCCUCAAGAUCUGCUCCAAAUGCUAGGUAGAGCUGGUAGACCCAGAUAUGAUACGACUGGUGAGGGUAUUAUUAUUACAAAUCAAACAGAUGUCCAGUUUUAUCUAGCGGUUUUGAACCAACAAUUACCUAUUGAAUCUCAACUAGUUUCCAAAAUAGUGGACAAUUUGAACGCCGAGGUGGUUGCAGGAAAUAUUCAAAACAGAAAACAUGGUGUGGAUUGGCUGACUUAUACUUAUCUUUAUGUGCGUAUGUUGAUGUCUCCUGAAAUUUACAAAGUUCCUGACCCUGAGAAGGAAGAAAGUACCUUAAAAUACGGCGAAGCAUUAAUACAUUCUGCCUUGGCAAUACUUCAUGAGGAAAACCUUGUAGUGUACGAUGCUGAAAGUGGUGAUGUGGAGGCGACAGAACUGGGAAGAAUCUCUUCUUAUUUUUAUAUUAACCACACGUCGAUGCAAGUCUAUGACACAGAAAUCACACAGCACUCUACCCAGAUUGAUUUAUUCAGAGUAAUAUCACUCUCUGAUGAAUUCAAACACAUAUCUGUUAGGCAAGAGGAAAAACAAGAAUUAAAGGCAUUGUUGGAAAAAUGUCCCAUACCUAUAAGAGAAGAUGCUAGCGAUUCCUUAGCAAAAGUGAACGUUUUACUGCAAUCUUACGUUUCACGUCUGAGGUUUGAAGGAUUCGCGUUAAAUGCUGAUAUGGUAUUUAUAACCCAAAAUGCGGGAAGGUUGUUUAGAGCAGUUUAUGAAUUAUGCCUUAAGAAAAAUUGGUCAAAUGUUACAAAAAUGCUUCUAAACCUUUGCAAAACAGUUGAUAGACGUAUGUGGAUUGCCAAUUCACCUUUAAGGCAAUUCAAGACAUGUCCUUCGGAAGUCAUACGAAGAACGGAGGCAUCCACUCUGCCUUGGAGUACUUACUUAGAAUUACAAUCACCAGGAGAAGUCGGACAGGCGAUUAGAUCAGAGAAGCAUGGUAAAUUAGUCUAUGAUUUGUUUCGCAGAUUCCCCAAACUCACUGCAAAAUGUGCCAUUCAACCCAUUACUCCAAGUUUAUUAAGAUUUGAACUAGAAAUUUUGCCAGAUUGGGUCUGGGAUGAAAGAUUGCAUAGUAAUGUUGAGCCCUUUUUAGUCCUGCUUGAGGAUAAUGACGGUGAGCAAAUCUUAUACAGCGAUGUACUUCUGGUUAGAAAAGAAUAUAUCGGCUUAGAACAUUUCAUUGAUUUCUCUCUGAUACUAACACCUGCACAUCAGAAAAAAUUACCGCCAAACUUCUUUGUCACAUUGCUCUCUGAAAGAUGGUGCCAGUGUGAAAGCCAGAUUUCCAUAGGACUUGAACCACUGCGUCUCCCCAGAAAGUUUCCUGCUCCAACUCCUCUAGCAGAUAUGUUAUUGAUGCCAAUAUCAGAUUUGGAGAAUGAAGAAUUUACAAAGGCCUUUGAUUACGAGAAUUUUAACAAGUUCCAAAGUCAAGUAUUCCAACCCUUGUACACCACCAAUGACAAUGUUUUAGUAGGAGCAUCUAAAGGGUCAGGAAAAACAGUCAUGGCUGAAUUAGCUAUACUCAAUCAUUGGAGACAAAAUAAGGGACGUGCAUUGUACAUUUCACCACAUCAAUAUCAAAUAGAUCAACUGUCAAAAAGUUGGAAGGAAAGAUUUUCUGCUCUUGCGGGUGGAAAAAGUGUCAACAAAUUGGGUUCAGAUUUAAAUUAUAAUCUGAGAAUCAUUGCUCAAAGUCAUUUGAUUCUAGCGACACCAGAGCAGUUUGAUCUAGUAUCUCGCCGCUGGAGGAACAGAAGGAACAUUCAGAGGAUAGAAUUAGCAAUUUACGAUGAUGUACAAGAAAUCAGUAAUGGUAUGGCAGGUGCUGUCUACGAGACUAUCAUUUCAAGGAUGACUUUCAUAUCAACACAGCUCGAAAAAGAAACCCGAUUUGUUGCUUUGGGAUCCUGCUUUGCCAAUGGACGUGAUUUGGGAGAAUGGAUUGGUGCAUCGAGAAAUAAUAUUUUCAAUUUCUCUCCACAAGAAAAGCUCUAUCCUAUGGAGAUUCAUUUGCAUGCCUUCGAGACUACUCAAAGUACUAUCCUAAACAUACCGAUGGCAAAGUAUGCCUUCGAUUUUGCUCAAGAACAUCAAGACGACAACAUAUUAAUUUUUUCACCUAGCAGAAAAAGCUGUAUCGAUUCUAGUCUGAUUUUCAUUCAGUAUGCCUUCGAAAACAAUUUGGAUCUGCUCCGAGCAGAGGAAGAGGACUUAAAUUCCUAUCUAAAAGCAGUGACUGAUGGUGCUUUGAAAAAGUCUUUGACCCAUGGUAUUGGUAUGAUAUAUGCAGAAAUGAAUGCUAAAGAUAGAGCUGUUGUCAAAAAACUGUAUGAUUAUGGUGCUCUUUCGAUUCUGCUGGUGACCAAAGAUUGCUGCCACGAUUGUCCUCCAUCUAAUAGAGUGGUAAUUUUAGGAACUCAAUAUUAUGAGGGAAAGGAGCAUCGAUAUGUUGACUAUUCUGCAAAUCAGUUAUUAGAAAUGGUUAAUACUACUAAAGGGAAAACCAAGGAUGAUACAACCCAGGCAUUAGUUCUCACAAAUCAAAAAAUGAAAGAUUACUAUAAGAAAUUUUUAUCUGAAGGUCUCCCUAUUGAAAGUUUCAUGUUCUUCCAUUUGUAUGAUGCAUUAAUCUCUGAAAUAAAUACAUCUGUGAUUCAAACUAAGCAGGAUUGUGUGGAUUGGAUAGCUUACACAUUUUUCUAUCGUCGUAUUCAUGGAAAUCCUAGCUUCUAUGGCGUUAAAGAUGUAUCUGCAUAUGGUAUUUCAGCGUAUUUGACUGAGUUAGUAGAGAAUACUUUACGAGGAUUACAAGAAUGCGAUUUCAUUGAACUCCGUACCAAUGAUAGCGACACAGACGAAGAUAUAGAGGAAAUCAUUUCUCCAUUGAAUGCAUGCGCAAUUAGCUCACAACAUAAUACUUCCUUUUUCACUAUGCAUACAUUACUCAGUUCAUUAUCAGCCAAUUCUACCUUAAAGGACAUUUUGCAAGUGUUGUCGAGGGCUUCUGAAUUUGAAGAUCUUCCCUUGAGACCAGAAGAUGAGUCAACGCUUCUAAAAUUGAGCAACCAAAUGCCAAUCAAAAUUUCCUCCAAUAGUGAAGGAGGUCCUAUUUCCCAUAAAGUAUUGCUGUUGUUACAGGCAUAUUUCUCGCGCAUGCUACUCCCCAUAGAACUUCAAUGGGACGUUCAAAUAAUUUUGCAAAAAGCGGUUCCUCUGGUUAAUUCUGCUAUCGAUAUUUUGUCUAGUGACGGAUGCUUGAAUGCAACAACAGGAAUGGAUAUUUCUCAGAUGCUAAUUCAAGGUGUCUGGGAUACCGACAAUCCAUUGAAACAAAUCCCAUUUUUCGAUGGAUCUAUUUUGAAGAAAUGCGAAGAAAAGGGUGUAGAGACCGUCUACGAUGUGAUGGCCUUGGAGGACGACGAACGUGAUGCCAUCAUGACGAUGGAUAAUCGUAAGUUGGUCAAGGUUGCCAAUUUUAUUAAUAAUUUCCCCAAUAUUGAAUUAGAAUACAGCUUAGAUAACAGCAAACCUCUGGCUGUAGGUGAAUCUAGGGAAGUGAAUGUAACUCUGACAAGAGAUGAAGCACCGGAAACGCUUGAGGUAACCUCUGAGAAGUAUCCCCAUGAAAAACUAGAAAGUUGGUGGUUAGUAAUAGGUGAAAUCUCUACGAAACAACUAUACGCUACGAAGAAAGUUUCCCUAAGCAAAGAAACCCAGAGCUAUUCUUUGGAUUUCACGAUUAACCAACAGGGUGAACACGAACUGACUCUUUGGUGCGUCUGUGAUUCAUAUCUCGACGCCGAUAAGGAAGUAUCAUUUCAGGUCAACGUUGCUUAA